AUGGUGCUCCUGAAAAUUCUCAAGAAAAUAAAGGAAAAGCAAAAAAACAUAAGGAUAAUCAUACUAGGGUUGGACAACGCGGGGAAAACGACAAUCGUGAAGAGGUUACUGGGGGAAGACAUUUAUAAAGUAAGUCCCACGUUCGGAUUUACCAUUGAGACGUUGCAGUUUGAUAAGCACCUUAUUAAUAUAUGGGACAUAGGGGGGCAGAAAAGUAUUAGGCAUUUUUGGAAAAAUUAUUACGAGAAUGUAGACGGCAUUAUUUAUGUCAUCGAUAGUUCCGAUUUGUUUAGAAUCCAGUUAUGUUCAUAUGAGUUGAAACAAAUUUUAAAAGAGGAGAGACUGUACGGAUGCUCCCUGCUGAUUUUAUCUAACAAGGUGGACAUAGAGAACUCUUCAAAGGUGGAGCAAAUCGUUGAGAUUUUGAAGCUAAACGAAAUGAACAUCGAUCGCCACUGGUGCAUAAAUGAGUGCAGCGCUUUUUCGGGAAAGGGGUUACUAAAGUCGUUUAUGUGGUUGAUCGAUGACAUAAGCUACAGAAUUAACAACACUUACUGAUUUGGUUCAUCCCCGCGCGCUCUUAUUCGAACAGGAUGUACCAUUACUUCAAGAAGCUGUGCGUUUGUUUGAAGCUCAUAUGUAUGUACUAUUUCUUCCCAUUUGUGCAAAUUGCGCACUUUAUGCAAUGUCCUAUUCCAUUGUCAGAUAAUUUUGCAGUUUUUAAGAGUUAAUUACUAGCAAAAAGGAGAAAAUCACACAAGAGCAUAAAAAAAAGGUUACUAUGUUGCUUUCCACGUAUGUAUAUUCAUUUACAUACACAAACACGUGCACACACGACUGCGCAUUGUGCUCUUAGCAAAAUGGCAUUUUUUG